AACAUGAACCAAUAAUAAAAACACUAUUAGGGAAUCUGAAAGUCGCACACUCUUAUAUAUUGUUUUGUAGUGUGUAACCCUUUCCAAAUUAGGUGGUUCUGGUGAAAUUUCAACACCAGUAGCUACCACCCACCACACCUUCCAUUCAGAAUGAUGGAGAAAAUAAAAGAGAAAAGAGAAUAGUGGUAGUGGAGCCCAAAUGGAUGAACAAAAUGUGCUCCUUUAAAACUAGAAUAGUUGUUUCUUUCCUACUGGUGGCUCUAAAGGGAAUGUGUUACAGGUGGAGAAUAUUGUGGUCAUUGGACACAGCUGCUGUGGAGGUAUAAAGGGCCUCAUGUCCAUCCCAGAUGAUGGGACCACUGCAAGUGAAUUCAUAGAGAAUUGGGUCCAAAUUUGCACCCCGGCAAAGUCCAAGGUUAAAACUGAAGCAGGCACACUAGAAUUCUCGGAGCAGUGUACCAACUGCGAGAAGGAAGCUGUAAAUGUAUCAGUUGGGAACCUUUUGACUUAUCCAUUUGUGAGAGAUGGUGUUGUGAAUAAAACGCUUGCUUUGAAAGGUGCACAUUACAAUUUCGUUAAGGGUACCUUUGAGCUGUGGGAUCUGGACUUCAAAAUCUCUAACUCUGUGUCUGUUUAAGAUCGGUGAAGCACUAAACCAAAGUGUUCUUAACCCUGUAUGCUUGUUGUUCAUGUACAUGAUCUUCCCUUUGCAAGUGUUUCAUAUAAGAAUCCCCUUUCCUCAAAUCCCCAGAAAAAAGAGACGAACACUGCUCAAAUAAUGGUCUUAGUCUUGAGACCAAUCCAUAAGUUAUUUUUUUCAUCGUUUUGGUUACAUUAGGCGAACUUCAGAACUUAUCUAGCUACUAAAAUCAAGCAAUGGAUUUGAUUUAGUAGAAGAUGUGUUCAGAAUUUAAAUGUGAAAAUUCAUAAACUUAUUAUAAGAUUUUAGUUUAAAGAUACUGUCAGAUGUAUGUUUGAUUUUAA